CCUUCCAUGUUUCAUACUACCUUGACAUUAACUAUACAUUGCAACAACAUUAAUAUGGCUAACAAGGUCACCGCCACCUUCUUCAUAAUAGCCUUCCUUUUCAUCUCCUUCACUCUCACCAAAGCCGUCCGGCCGGAGCCUUUCGCUAAAUACCCGAAUGCCGUCGCAGAAAUCCGGGAUGAGGAUGAUGGUCAAGCCGAGACUUGCGAGGGCGAAGGCAAGGAAGAUUGCUUGAUGAGGAGAACGCUUGCAGCUCACAUUGAUUAUAUCUAUACCCAGAAAACCAAUCCAUGAAUGAUAUUGUUCUUUUAAAUUAUCAGUUCUCUUUUUCUUUGAUUUUUGUCUUUCCUGUACGUAAAUAGAGCAGCCACAUUACAUUAUUAAUUUCAGGGCUCUUAUAUAUAUUCUAAAUUUUAUUAUA